UCCAAUUGCUCUUAUUUUACCUCACUUAAUUCCCUCUCUAUUUUUUUCCAAAAAAUUAAAGAGAAGAAAGAAAAUGGCAGAACAAAAGAGAAACAAAAGACCAUUUGAAGAACCAAGUGAGAAAAUCAACUUAACUCUCAACAUAAAAUCUCAGGAUGGUACUAUUUGUGGUUUCAAAGCCAAUCCUAGUUCACUUAUGAAGGAUGUAUUCAAGGCAUAUGCUAGGAAAAAACAAAUAAUAGAUUACAAAACAGUUCGCUUCUUCUUCGAUAGCCAACGCCUUCGGUCGGGAAGGACCGUAAAUGAACUUGGGUUACAAGAUGGUGAUAUGAUUGAUGCUAUGCUGUAUCAAGAUGGAGGAGGUCCUGCUAACUGAGUUAUUGGGAUGGAAGAAAUUAAAAUGAAGAAGACUUGUGUAAUAAUUUGGCUAGUUUUGAAAACAUUCGUGCUACUAUUUACGUGGAAUUAUUAUGUUUUGUUAGUCUCCUACCUCUACUAUAGGUGGAUUCGGUCCCCAUGUGAUGUCCAUGGCUAUGCAUUUAUAAUGUUCCUUUGCUGUUGUUGUUGUUGUUGUUUAUAAUAAGUAUUAUUCUAUAGGAUUUCUGAAAACUUCAAAAUCCCAAAUUAUUUAUAAGUAAUUUUGUUG